AUGGCCACUCGACCAAUCUUUGUUUUCAUGCUCCUUGCCACCCUGGCAUUCGCCAUGGUUGCAGAGUCCUCGUCCUCCUCCUCCUACUUCAACGACCCUGCAGUCAAUACACUCGGCCACAGUUCUGGUGGUGGCCUUGAUGAAUUGAUGACUGCAGGUCGUAUCGGGGACACAUUGUUUGAUGAUGAAGAAAUGAUGAUGCCGACAGAGUCAGCCCGUAGGGCCCUCAAUAGUCGGGACCACAUCAGUUACAGGGCGAUGUCGAAGAACGCCAUCCCCUGUGACCGACGUGGCGCAUCUUACUACCAGUGCACCCGCAUGCAGAAGAUUCGGCCUUAUAGACGCGGCUGCAGCAAAAUCACCAGAUGCCAACGUCGUUAA